AUGGAACUUCUCGCCGGUAACUGUCGGAAACGAGUCGGCGGUGACUUUGACAAGAUGUUGACGCAUUCGAUGAGUGUGACUAGAUGUAUGGUACUUACAGUAGCCGUUCACCGAGAGAACUCAAGGAACGACGACGUUUUGGCUACGCUGGCAGGCUUGGCGUCGCCUCCUCAGAAACUCGAACCCAUCAGGUCUGGACAGGCUGCCGGAGACCGCUGCUUCGAGGCUAUACUUUGGGAUGACGUGGAGGAAAGCGGUCAGUUGACGCGCGGGUUUGCAAAGGGUGAGCUCGAAAUGGAGAUUCAAGGUCGAGUCUCCAGAGAUGGCACGUCUUGGGAUGUUGUGUCUCUGAGCUCGUCUGUUGAUCGCGAUGAACACUCUUCCCCACCAGGGACUCUUGGAGAAGCUGGAGAGAGAAUACACAGGGAAGAAGCUUGGAGGCAACAAGAAAUUGAGAGGAUAAAAGAGACACGCAAGCAAGAGAUGUCACGCAGCUCGUCUCUCAUCUCUUUCAUCAAAAGCGUUAUUGGUGAAGAGAUCGAGAUCACUAACCUCUCUUAA